ACAGUGUCAACAGGAUAAAGCCACCAGCAGUUUCGCUGUAGAGGCAUUCCGAGGAUUCCCCGCGCUCCGUCCUCUCUACCUGUCCGACAGGUGUAGCCGGCUGUCUCCGCCGACGCGCUCAGAGGCAGAGGGGGGGGAAGGCGCUCCGAGCGGCGGCCGUUCAUGCUCAUCUAUGGGUGAGUGUCUGCGGAAAGCUUGUCCGUGUCUGGAGGCACUAUGGCAGAGGAUGUUCGACCACAAGAAGGCUUCUCCCGGAGAAGCAGGAGUAAACGGCGGCGGUGAGGAGAGCCCGCCGCCAGCGAGCCCGCCCCCGCAGGAGAGGGGGUCCGAGAGCGGCUCUAUGUACACGGCCAUCUGGCCCUUUGAAUCCCGGCACACGGACGAGCUGUCGUUCCAGGAAGGGGACCUGUUCAGCGUCAUCAGCCGCAGCGGGGACUGGUGGACCGCACGGAGGAUCGACAGGAACGGGUGCGUCCUGGACACCGGCAUCGUGCCCAGUAACUACCUGGUCCGGGCUGAAUCCCUGGAAACGCAGCCAUGGUUUUUUGGGACAAUGAACCGCUUCGAGGCCCAAAGCCACCUGCUGGGACCAGGAAACGACGAGGGAGCUUUCCUCAUUCGACAGAGUGAGAAAGACAACGUUGGAUACGUUCUUUCAGUGAAGUCGAGCAGCGGCGUGAAGCAUUUUAAGAUCCUCCAAGGAGAUGAAAGUCACUUUUUCGUGGAGCCCAACCACGACUUCAGCUCUCUGAUUGACUUGGUGGAGCACUACUGCGCCAACAGCCUGAACAACACAUGCACGCUGGGAAACCCCUGCAGGAGGAAAAAGCCCAACACUCCAGAUUUGAAUCAUUUCACUGUGGAUGAGUGGGAGCUCCCGAAAGAGGAGUUCAGCCUGGAGGAGGAGCUGGGCAGCGGCUACUUCGCUGAUGUCUACCAGGGACGCUGGAAAAAUCUCAUUAAAGUCGCCAUCAAGAUCCUCAAAAGUGACUCGGAGCUGAACCACCGUGAGUUUCAGAGGGAAGUCCAGAUCCUGAAGAGUCUCCGCCACCGUCACCUCAUCUCGCUGUUUGCCAUCUGCACGGCCUCGGCGCCUUACUGGAUCAUCACCGAGCUGAUGGAGAAAGGCAGCCUGCUCAGCUUCCUCAGAAGUGCAGAGGGGCAGAAUCAAGACACGGUGUCGCUCGUUGACAUGGGUGCCCAGGUGGCUGAUGGGAUGUCAUACCUGGAGGAGCAGAACAGCAUCCACAGAGAUCUGGCGGCUCGAAACGUCCUGGUGGGGGAGGACAACAUCUGUAAGGUGGCCGACUUCGGACUGGCCAGAGUGAUCAAGGAGCCGUUCUACAUCACAGAGGACAAAAAGAUUCCCUACAAGUGGAGCGCUCCUGAGGCCAUCAGCCACGGAAAGUUCUCCAACAAGUCGGACGUCUGGUCUUUUGGCGUCUUGCUCUAUGAGAUCACCACCUACGGAGGCGUUCCUUACCCAGCCUUUAGCAACCAGGAGGUGUACCAGCAGGUCACCAAAGGGUACAGGAUGCCAGCUCCGGCCAAAUGUCCCAACUUUCUCUACCAGAUCAUGCUGAAAUGCUGGAGCGCCGCACCGGCCGACCGGCCGGAUUUCAAGUCCCUCAAGGUCCAACUGGACAGCAGCUCUUACGAGAUGGAGUAACCGUCCCCUGACGUCCUGCAGUUACACACUCAUCGCCACAGAGGGGCAGCAGAUAGUCGCUGAGACGCCGGCCUCCUUGGACCGGACUUGGACUGUGACACCUAAACCUGCAAAGCUUGAUGUAUUUUAUUCAGUCCACUGGGGCUGCAACCAUUGAUUAUUUUAUUAUCAGUUAAUCUGCUGACUCUUUUUAGAGCUGAAACCAUUAAAUAAAUUUGCAACAAUUUUUAAAUCGA